UAACGAUCAGCUGAUAUAACCUCCAAAGUGAGCUUAUAAACAAAGCUUAAUUAUAACAAACAUAACUUAAAAAGCAAAGAGAGAUAAGAUUUAGUUAUAAAACUAGUAUUAUGAGGUUACUAUCUCAAAUAUUCCAACCGAUUAUCACAAUACCGAAAGGAGCUAAAAUUAAAAACACUGAAAUAACAUGUAAAAGUCAAAAAUUGUUAUUAGAGUGCGGGCUCAUUCGUCCGUCCAGCGCCGGUUUCUUCACAAUACUACCCCUUGCUAGACGAGCGAUUGAUAAACUCGAAGACAUAAUCAACAAAUGCUUGAAAGACGUCAACGCUCAGAGAAUAUCCCUGCCGUGCUUAACGUCGGCGCGCUUGUGGGAGAGCACGGGGAGACUGGACGACGUUGGGUCGGAACUAUUCACUGUUGAGGACAGACAUGACAAACGGUAUUUGUUGGCGCCCACCCAUGAGGAAGCAGUGGCGGACCUCAUGGCAGACGUUGGGCCGAUAUCAUACAGACAAUUGCCGUUACUUAUUUAUCAGAUAACAAAUAAAUAUAGGGACGAGUUGCGGCCCAAGCACGGUCUGUUGCGUUCCAGAGAGUUCCAGAUGAUGGAUCUCUAUGGAUUCCACACCGAUCACACGUGUGCCGAAACCACAUAUAAUAAUGUUACCAGAGUAUAUGAGAAGCUGUUUAAAAUACUUAACCUGCCUGUGUAUAGAGUGGUGGCGCCAUCUGGCGACAUGGGCGGCACGUUGUCCCACGAGUGGCAGCUGCCAGCCGCCGCGGGGGAGGACUCGGUAGCGGUGUGUCCGUCCUGCUCGCACGCUAGCCUCGCUAGUGAUGUGUGUACCCAGUGCGGGAAAGAGACGGAUAUAUGUAACAGUAUAGAGGUGGGGCACACGUUCAUACUGGGCACAAAAUACAGUGUGCCGCUGCAGGCGAACUGCAUCCGGCAAGGCUCGAACCCCGCACCGCUGGUCAUGUCCUGCUAUGGUAUCGGCAUCACUAGGUUACUAGCGGCCGGUAUAGAAGCCCUAAGCACCGAGUCGUGUAUCCGCUGGCCAGCCGCUGUCGCACCCUACUCCGCCAUCGUUAUUGGACCAAAGGAGGGUUCAAAAGAGUGGUCGGUACAUGGAGCGCAAGAGACGCAGGGCGUAGCGCGUUGUAUAGGUGAUGUGGUGGGUGAUGUGCUGGUUGAUGAUAGACACGCUCUCACCAUCGGCAAGCGGAUGAUGAUGGCUGAUCGAAUGGGCUACCCAAAUAUUAUAGUCUGUGGUCGGCAUUCUGUCGAAAACCCGCCAAGAUACGAAUUAUACGCAAACAACGAUAAAUCACCCCUGCUACUUGAUAUUAACGAAUUGAUGCAGUUCUUGCGAAAUGGUAGUUCAAAUAAUGUUGUUGAAUGUGUUAAUUAAAUGAUAAAUAGAG